GCCCACAAUCCACACUGGGCUGACUGGGCAUAAAUUGACGAGUACCGAUACUGCAAUAAGAACUUGCAUCUCACGAAGAUUCCCCGGAUAUCCGCCGACAACUUGCCGUCAUUAGUCCUUGUUCGCGACGCGCUCUUUUAAGAGCUGAUGAUCUAGAUGGCAUCAUACCCAGAUCCAUCUGCCGGCGACGAGCCAACUCCCAUUUCGGCAACCCAACCCACAACCGUGCAUCAACCACAACAAGCACAACAGCAGCAGCAUGAGUAUGAUGGCUUGCCUUCACCAGUCGCUGUACCGGCAACUACUGUCGCACAUCAUGGACUCCAAAUCUUGCAAGCUGCGUCUGCAGCUCCUUCAACUCCAGGACCAGAUCCCGCCGAAUUAGCCCAACAGUAUGCGCAAUCUGCCACAAUGCAGAUGGGUGAUCCUCAAUUCGCUCCCCCGCCUCCUCAGCCGAUCGACACAUCCGUCGCGGCAUCGCCUGCGUCCCAGAAAGUCACGCGUCUACGCCGUGCUUGCGACAUGUGCAGCCAGCGAAAGGUGAAGUGCGACGAAAGUGGUCCGCCGUGUAAGCCAUGCUCCGAUCUGCAAGUCGAAUGCACAUUCAAUCGAACUAUGAAGCGGCGCGGUCCGCCGAACAAGCACGCCGAAGCUGCCAGACUAGCAAAGCGACCACGUAACGACGAUGUGUCCCCAGCUCCGCAUCAUGCAGCCGAGACUUUGGUUUCAAUCGCUGCUCAUAACGGCCAGACUGUGGGUGGAUUAGACGCCGAGACUAUUGCUCCCUGGGGUAUCUUGGAGCUACUCGUUGACGAUUUCUUCACCUACAUACACCCCCUUAUGCCAUUUCCUCACGAGCCGACCUUCCGCGCAGCAUUUGCUAGCCGCAUGGAUAAAACUAGCAGUGAGUUUCUGGCGUUGGUUGCUAGUAUGGUUGGAGUCUUAGUCGCCUCGUUUCCUCGAAGUGCACGGUCUCAUCUCAAGGCCCAGCAUAGUACAGGGCUAUUCCCGUCCGCAGUGGCCAUGAUCGACCACUGCCGCGUUAUUGCAGUGGAGGCUCGGGGCGCUCAGUUUAUGAUAAAGGAUCAUAUGAGCGUCGAUAUCGCCGCGACAAGCUAUUUCCUAGGCCUUGCCGCAGCCCAUACACUACAGUGGAGAUUGUGCAAGCGAUUCUUUACGGAGACUAUGACUUUCUGCAGAGAGCUGCUUGGUAAUUAUCAGCAAAGUGGUCCUACUGUAACACAACAGAUCCCCGGUCUGACACAAAUGGCCAAUGCUUCAGCUAAUGGACCUAUCGAUCAUAUAAAGGAUCAGAUUAGCAAGCGCAUCUUCUGGGUUAUGGUUGCCGGUGUUAGAUCGAUGACUCAACUAGGAGUAUCUAUUAACGAGAUACCUUUACCUCCUCCCACCUCUCAGGAACCAUAUCCUGAGCAACCUAUCGAGGUGGAUGAUGAAUUCAUCUACGCGGGUCAAAUUCUUGCCCAACCGGAGGGUACCGUUUCUCUUAUUACCGGGUUUAACCGCAAUAUCCGUAUUUACAUGACCAUGAACGAAUUGGUUGGCGUGGACAUGUGUUACGGAAUCAAUUUCUUCGAUUGGACCGCGCAGAAGAACAUUCUUAGCAACGGACUGGCGACUGCUAAGCAAGCUGCUGAUGACUUACCUCCUGAACUUCAAGUGAAGACGCAUAACCUACAGCAUCUUCAAAACCACACUAUGGGCCUCGACGAUUUGGAUCUAGAAUACUAUCCACCUGCUCUUCCCCUUACGAAACCAGCCAAUGAUCUACGGCGCGUUUUUGCGGAACAGCCUUUGCGCCGGCGGCACCUCCAAUUUGAGAUCCAAAAAGCCAAUAUUCAGCUGUCGCAGCUUGCUACACGCUCAUACUUCGUUGAGCGGUACCUUAACCUACGAGAUAUUCGCCGCGCCGAUCCUAAUUUUGCCGAGAGAGCGAAGACGGAGGAGAAAGAUGACCGAGACAGUAUGAUGGAGAAUGAACGAGAAUUAAUUGUACAGAAUCUCGUCACCGUGCUGGCAUCUAUUAGCCAGCGUAAUAUGGAACCAAAUGGUUGUUCCCUCAUCAACAAGAUCAGACAGGUAGCCAGCACGUUGGUGGAGGACACCAAUUCGGAGCGUAAGGGACCAGUUGUAGCUAAGGCUAAGGAGUAUCUCAACGGUUUCCUGGACAUCCUUAUGAAACUGGAGAAGAUCGGUGCAGCGCCUAGAGCUGAGACAAUGACUCCUCAAGACGAGGAGGAAGAACUGCGAAGUUGGACGAGCCUUAGGGAGUACCAAUCACAGUUCCUGACAAGUGGUGGAUUCUUAGGUGACGGCUAUUAGUACCAACCGGCCUGGUAAUCGUCUGCAUAUUCGUUGCAAAAUUAAUGCUUUUACGAAAAAUAUACCCGAACUUCGCUUCAUUCCUGUCGGGUAUUCUUGCAUAGCAGGAACGCCGGAAACACCUAGCUCACCUGAAAACAUGGAAGAAAGUUACCCCAUGAUCAAGGUUGACUUUGAGGCUAAAUAAUAUUUGCUCGCGACACUGUAUAUAGCUCUGCUUUUCGACGAAGCCAUUAUGUGGCACACUUUACGCGGAUACUGCGGGGACGCCUGAAUCGAUGAAUUCACGUAACACUGCACUCGUUGCAUGCUUAUCUCUUAAGUGAUAUUACAGAUGAAGUGUUUGUAGUAUGUAAUUAUGAAUUCGAUGCUUUAGUUAUAUGGUUUAUGGUUUUAUUAUAACCAAGUCUCUAAGAGCGACAAACUAUUAAUGAUGCGUUGAAAUGAGGUACGAACUUAGACCAUUUAUGGGCACUGAAGCCAGUGGGAAACGCUGCUGAUCAUGCUAAUCAUUGACUCUUCUAAUUCAAGCUUAAACCAACUGAAACAGAAUGCUACAGUGACACGGUCCCCGUUUUGAGAUUGUAGAGGUUGGAUUAUUG